UCGCCCGCGCCUUCAGUCUUCCCAGGAGCAUGGGCCGGGACGCCGAGGCAGAAAGCCCCGAGCGGUGUCCGCCGCGCACGGCGCCCGCGCUGCCGACGCCAGCCUUGCGGGCCCGCUAAAGCCGUCGAGGGAGAUCACAGGCCACCCGCGCGCCCCGUCUGCAGGGAUGGCGUCCGCUUGGCCCCUUAACGGGACCUGCUGGGAACAGGACUGGCCGUCGGAAGAUGGGCGCAAUUCCUCCGGGGAGGCGGUCCGACUCAGCCGGCAGGGGGCGCUGGGGGCCGCCCUCAGCUUGGCCGUGCUGGUGACGGUGGGAGGCAACCUGCUGGUCAUCCUGGCCAUCGCCAAGACGCCUCGCCUGCAGACCAUGACCAAUGUCUUCAUCACUUCCCUGGCCUGCGCCGACCUCAUCAUGGGCUUGCUGGUGGUGCCUCCGGGGGCCACGCUGGUGAUGUGCGGCCGCUGGCCCUUUGGCACCACGGUGUGCGAGCUGUGGACCUCUCUGGACGUGCUGUGCGUGACGGCCAGCAUCGAGACCUUGUGCGCCAUCUCCGUGGACCGUUACCUGGCCAUCACAGCGCCGCUGCAGUACGAAGCCCUGGUGACUAAGGGCCGCGCGCGGGGCGUGGUCUGCCUGGUGUGGGCCAUCUCGGCCUUCAUCUCCUUCCUCCCCAUCAUGAACCACUGGUGGCGCAACGAGGCGGACACGGAGGCACUGCGGUGCUACGCGGACCCCGGCUGCUGCGACUUCGUCACCAACAUGCCCUACGCCAUCCUCUCCUCCAUCAUCUCCUUCUACGUGCCCUUGCUGGUCAUGAUCUUUGUCUACGCGCGGGUCUUUGCCGUGGCCUCGCGGCAGCUUCAGCUGAUCGAGAAGGACAAAGGGAGGUUCGCCCAAGAGGCCCCCAAGGGCCCUCGCCGCAGGAGGCCCUCCCGGCUGCUCUCGGCCAUCAAGGAGCACAAGGCCCUCAAAACCUUGGGCAUCAUCAUGGGCAUCUUCACCCUCUGUUGGCUGCCCUUCUUUGUGGCCAACGUCAUCAAGGUCUUUGCUAGGCCCCUCAUCCCUGACCAGCUCUUCCUCUUCUUCAACUGGCUGGGAUAUGUCAACUCUGCCUUCAACCCCAUCAUCUACUGCCGCAGCCCUGACUUCAGGUGUGCCUUCAGGAAGCUCCUGUGUUGCCCUCGAAGUGCCGACCGCCGCCUCCAUGCUGUCUCCAAGGACCUACAAAGGUGCCCGUGUGCCUUCAGCCCUCGGGCGCCCUCGGAGAAGGAGAGCAAGCUGAUGGCGACAGCGGCCGGGGAGGAGGAAGAGGAAGAGGAUGGGAGCUCCAGCAGUGCCAGCAGCCGCUCCAGCAGUAGGACUGGGGAGAGCAAGCUCUCGCCCCAGGCCAGCAAUGGACUUGGCUGUGCCCAGAGGCCGCUUGGGGAAGCCCAGCUCCAAGGCACCCAGAUCACGCUGUGCUCACAGCUGGACGAAUUUCCCUCCAAAGAAAUAAGAGAAGGGCAUGGAAAGUAAUUAAAGAAGCAUGGAAAGAGAAGCCUGUCUCCAGUGACAACCCAGCUGUGAGGAAGCUGUUCCAUCCGCUACUGUCUUCCCUCCCAAAUAAUUACCCCCAGUUCUAUUUCAGUGUUAACAACUUGGACUCCAGCAGGGGAAAUACAAUUCCCCCUUUUAUUCCAGUUUCUCCUCUUUCCCCCCAAAUUGGGAAUAGCUAUUGUGUGCUUCCCAUCAAGAGUAAAGGUGCUGCAAUUUAUCCAGAUCUUCUAGAGAUGGUUAUUUUAGUUCAGGAGGGACAGAAUCCCAGAAUAACCCGCACUUAUUUGUCAUUUACUGUAUUUACCUGGAUCCAAUACUAGGUUUCCCCCAAGUUCCUUAAUGUUAGUAAUGGGGGCGGGGGGGUCAUCUUAAAUUUAGUGUCUUCCUUCUUUUUUAGUAAAUAGUAUAAACCUUAUAUUUAACCCAUAUUUUAAAGGAGAUUGUCUUAAAUUCAAGGUGGUCUUCUAUUCGGGUAAAUACGGAAUGUACAGCCAACUGUGUGCCAGGUACUGUACAUAAUGAGUACUUAAGAAGAACCUUGCUGGAUCAGACCCAAGGCCUAUUGAGUCCAGCAGGACAUGGAGGCAUGUCCCCUCUCACUCCUGCAAAUGGUAUUCAGAGGUAUACUGCCUCUGGAUCAAGUAGCCUAUAGCCAUCCUGACUAGUAGUGCUGUCUUCCUAGAAUUUGCCUAAGCCCCUUUUAGAGCCAUCCAAGCUGACGGCCAUUACCACAUCCUAUAGCAAAGAGUUCCACAGAUCUGGACACUGUGUAACACUGUGUAAA